AUGGCCCGCCGACCCGCACGUUGCUAUCGUUAUUGCAAGAACAAGCCCUAUCCUAAGUCGCGCUUCUGCCGUGGUGUCCCAGACCCUAAAAUUAGGAUCUUCGAUAUGGGUAAGAAGGCGGCUGACGUUGACACUUUCCCCUCCGUAGUCCACAUUGUGUCAAACGAGUAUGAGCAAAUUUCAAAUGAAGCUCUAGAAGCUGCUCGAGUUUGCGCCAAUAAGUAUAUGGUGAAAAACGGCGGUAAGGAGUACUUCCACAUUCGCGUGAGGGUACACCCUUUCCAUGUUAUAAGGAUCAACAAAAUGCUUUCAUGUGCAGGUGCUGAUAGAUUACAAACUGGAAUGCGAAGGGCUUUUGGCAAACCAGUAGGACUUGUGGCUCGUGUUCAUAUUGGACAAAUAUUAAUGUCUAUCCGCACAAAGGAACACCUAAUACCUCGUGCCAUUGAAGCUUUCAGACGUGCUAAAUACAAGUUCCCCGGAAGGCAAAGAAUAUUUGUUUCCCAAAAUUGGGGAUUCACAAAUUUCAGCAAGAGAGACUACCUCAGAUAUAAGGCAGAGGGCAGGUUAGAAAAUAAAGGCGUUCAUGUUAAAUGGAUUCCUGCAAAGGGCCCACUAACUAAAAUAUUCCCCAAUGCUGACCAGAUCAGUAUACCCACGGAAUCAUAA